AUGAGCGCCACCAUGGAAAACAUUUUGGCCAAUCAAGAUCAGAUCAUUCAAGCCAUGGAGCAGCAACUGCGGAAUUUCAAGAAGGAUUCUGCGGAUCGCAAAACUCCGGCCAACAUCAAAAAACGUUUGCAAAUCCUGGAUUCAUACUGGGGGGAGUUUCAAGAGAAUCAUGCUAAAUUGUAUGAAUUUGAAGAUCGUGGUUAUGCCUACUUUUCGGAAAACAUGUACGAUAAAGCAAGAAUUCUCUACAAUGAAGCUCAGGACAUUAUUCAAAAUUACAAGCCACCUACUAGUGCGGAAAAAGGGAGUAAGUCGCCUAGCACUUCAUCAAUUCGUACAACUGAUACUCGCAAUCAAGAAGCUGCGGAUGAGCGACAACAAACGAACAUGUUAUCAGUAGAUUCAGAUAAACCAAAUAUCAAGCCAAUUGGAACCCCAUCCACAUCAUUGUUCAAGAAGAUUGUCUCUCGAGGUAAUGCCAGUAAAUUGGAAGAAAUGCUACGCAAGCAGAAGAGUAAUUUCAAGGCUUUAUCACGAGCAAUCAGAAACGUGGAUAUGGAGAGCCUCUCCGAAAAAUGGGAAUUCGAAGAUGUGCUCAAAACCAUUCAAGUAAAAUGGUCAACUAUAGAUUCCCUACACUGGGAAAUCGAUUGUGAGAUGUACUCGGAAGAUGAGGAGUAUGAACAGGAAUAUAGCAACCACGAACAACUGUAUAUUAACAUCAAAAAGUUGGUCAAUAGCAAGAUGUAUUCUGUUUCAUAUCGGGAAAGUUUUACACCGAAAAUAGAUAUACCUACCUUCUCAGGGAACUAUCAAAAAUGGAUAUCAUUCAAGGACUUAUUCCAAGAAGCAGUCCACAACAACAAAUCCAUCCCAAACGCCCAGAAGAUGCAGUUAUUAAAAACUAAACUGAAAGGCGAAGCAGAAAGGAUCAUCCAGCACCUCAAUAUCAGUUCUGAAAAUUACAAAGUUUGCUGGGACAUAUUGAAUCAUAGGUAUAACAAUGACAGAUUAAUUUUCACCUCUCACAUGAACAUACUGCUGUCAAUACCUACAAUGCAAAACCAAGUUGACACACAGAUCAAGAACAUGUUCGACACCAUUAAUGAAUGCAUGAACUCCUUAAAAAAUCUUGGGAUAGAUGUAGUCGCCAUUGGACCGAUGGUGGUGCAUUUACUCACACAGAAGCUGGAUACUCAAUCGCUUAGUGAAUACACUCAAUCAUUAGACAAUCCGAGAGCCUUGCCUGUUCUAACAGACUUUCUUAAAUUUUUGGAAAACAAGUAUACUGCUCUCGAGUCGACACGGCGAAAGCAUUAUUCAUCCAAAUCAUCAUCGGCGUCAUCUCCGAGUAACAACAAAGAUUCUGAACACCAAGUCAACAAAAAGAAUCAAUCAAAAUCGAAUAAUUUCAAUAAAAUUGACUCGAAUAAACCAUUUUUGCGUAGUUCGACUUUAAAAAGUUGUGCAACGAGGACACAAUAUUGCCCACUAUGCAAAGACGAUAGCCACGGACUUUUCUACUGCAAGCCAUUUUUAGAAUUGGGGUCAACAGAAAAGAGAAACACAGUGCAAAGGUUCAACUUGUGUGAAAAUUGCCUGGUUGAUCACAAAAAUAAAUCAUGCCGUUCUGAAUCAAAAUGCAGGGUGUGUCAAGGACCUCAUAAUACCGUAUUGCACGAUGCCUUACAGAUAAACGCAGUGUCCAGCAAAAUUGAUAAGUCACCGUCUAUGUCAUGUGAAGACAAUACACAUAGUAAUGCGACACACGUCAGCAAGGAACCUGUUGUUGAAAUUCUGCUAGCAACGGCACUUGUCCGUGUACAAGGGAUUAAUGGGGAAUAUCACACAAUGAGGGCUCUCAUAGAUCAAGGCUCCCAAGCCUCCCUCAUUACUGAGAACGCGGCACAAAUCCUGAAACUGCCACGCCGAGCAUGCAAAGGCGUCAUAGUUGGAGUCAGUGCCAAUCAAACCAAUUGUAAGGGAGUUCUCAGUCUUGUGGCGUCCUCAUUGUACUCCAAUUACACAUUCCAAACAGAAGUUGUUAUUAUGAAGAAAUUAAUUAACAAUUUACCAAAUCAUAGUUUCUCAAAACCAUCGUGGGAAUAUCUUCAAAACAUUCAACUAGCAGACACAGAUUUCAACGUUUGUCGUCCAAUCGAUUUAUUGCUGGGAGCAGAAGUUUACGCGGAAAUCAUCAUGCCUGGCAUAAUCAAGGAAAACUCAUCUCUACCAAUAGCUCAACAGACUCAACUUGGCUGGAUUUUGAGUGGCAAUGUCAAGUCCUAUCAAUGCAACGUUAUCAUGAACAAUAUAGAAGACAUACAAAGGUUUUGGAGCAUUGAAGAUGUCACCGAUUCCAAUACUGACAUGUCCUCUGAAGACCAUCAAUGCCUUCAACAAUAUCACUCAGAAACAGUACGACGAGAAGAUGGUAGAUACGUGGUCAGACUGCCACUGAAACCGAAUAUCAACGAAAAAUUGGGAGAAUCAAAACAAAGAGCCGUAGCACAAUUUUAUCAACUGGAAAGGAAAUUUGCAAGAAAUAAAAAUAUUUCCGAAGAUUACAAAACAUUCAUAACCGAGUACAUCAAACUGGGUCACAUGCGCAAGUGCACACAAAAGAGACUGCCGGAUUGCAUUUUACCUCACCUGUGCGUUUUACGGCCGGACUCGACAACAACAUCGCUGCGAGUUGUAUUUAACGCGUCAGCAAAAACUUCGACUGGCUACAGUCUUAAUGAUUUAAUGUAUAGCGGUCCGAAUCUACAACAGGAUUUGUUUACACUGAUUCUGAAAUGGAGGCAGUAUAAAUAUGCAUUCACAGCAGAUAUCGAGAAGAUGUUUCGGCAGAUCUUGUGUAAUGAGAAGGACCUACAGUAUCAGAAAAUCGUCUGGCGUGACUCACCUUCCCAAGUGCUUAGAGAAUAUGAGUUGAGUACAGUCACCUAUGGAACCAAAGCAGCUCCAUUCCUGGCCAUGAUGACGUUGAAACGGUUAGCAGAAGACGAACGUUCAAGAUACCCUACAGCAUCAGCAGUCCUGGAACAGUGCUUCUACAUGGAUGAUCUUCUGACAGGAAACCACAGCAUAGAGGAAGCCAAGCAACUCAAGGCUGACCUAAUAAAUUUGCUGAAAUCUGGUGGAUUUAAUUUGCGGAAAUGGUCGUCAAAUAACAUGGACAUACAAGAAGCAAUAACAAACAAGGAACAAGCCUUCGAAUUCAAGCAUCAAGAAUCAACCAAAACUUUGGGACUGCGCUGGCACCCACAGAGCGAUCAAUUCAAGUUCCAGAUGAAGAUUGACACAUCAUCAUUGACGCCAUCCACUAAAAGAUCAUUAUUAUCUGACAUUUCAAAGAUAUUUGAUCCACUCGGCUGGCUGUCUCCAGUGUCAACCAAAUUGAAACUUUUAUUCCAAAAAGUUUGGUCGUUGAAUCUUCAAUGGGAUGAAGCAGUACCUACACACAUCAAUGAAGAAUGGCUUAAAAUAAAAAAGGAGUUACCACAUAUCGAACAUAUUAACGUACCAAGAUGGCUUCAAACGCCAAAAAAUGCAAUCAUAGAGUUACACGGGUUCUGUGACUCAUCAGAAAAGGCCUAUGCAUGUGUAAUUUAUGGCAGAAUUAUCAAUCUGGAAGAAGUGGAGUGGCAAUCUCCUGUGGUUAUAGUAGCAGGAAAAUCAAAGCUCGUGCCUGUCAACAAAUCAGUAUCUCUGCCUAGAUUGGAGCUUUGCGCAGCACAAUUGUUGUCAAAACUGAUGAAAGUUGUUCAGAACUGUUUAUCAAACCAUACUAUACGAAUAUACGCAAUUUCGAACGAGCGGCGCGUGUUCUUGCUAGGACUUUGCGCGCCAUAUCUCGCAGUCAACACAAACCAAAGUAUUUGA